CGAUCCACUCAGUCGACUUGGCGAAAUCCAAGCUUUAACAUCGUUCUGGGAUCGGCGGCUUCCAUCUCCGAAAUCUAUAUACUGCUCGACCAACCAUGGCAAGUAGAACAACACCAUUUACUUCAGCAGUGUUCCUCCUACUGAUCCUCCUGGAGAGCGACUUUUCCCGAGCCCAGGACUUUUCUUCGUCGAUGUGCCAACAGAGCGAGCUCUGUACAACAGUGAAGCGCUGCCAGGAAUCGGAUAACGCCGGCCGGAAGCGCAUUAGUCCGCGGAUAGCCCGCUCCUGCGGUGUUAGCUUGAUGUGUUGCGAGAAGGAGCAGCUCGAGAGCUGGGACGCCACUAACUCGAUUCGGGACAAAGUGAGCCGGGUCCCAGAACCUGAGCCCAAUGAGAGCUGCGGCUUGAACAUGGAAUGCGUGCCGCGCAAGCUGUGCCGGGACAACGUCAUCAACGACUCGGGGAUCACCCUUAUCAAUCCCAGGCUCGGCAACACCCAGUGUUCCAAAUCCCUUUACCGCUGCUGUGAGGUUAGCCAGAAGGUGGACGACAGCGAAAGUCCUUAUGUGCAGAAGCAGAAGGACUUCAAGUACACGAGCUGCGGCUGGAGCAACCCGAAGGGCCUGAUUCCCGACGAAGACAAGUUCAACUAUGAGGAGGACGUGUCCAUUUUCGGCCAAUUCCCCUGGAUGGUGGGAAUCUUCACCGGGCGGCAAAAGUUCCUAUGCGGCGGAACGCUCAUCCAUCCUCAGCUGGUGGUCACCAGCUCGCACAAUGUGGUCAAUGAGACGGUGGACACCCUGGUGGCCCGGCUAGGCGAGUGGGAUUUGAACAGUGUAAACGAGCCGUACAUCCACCAGAGUCGGCGCAUCAAGGAGAUCAUCAUGCAUCCCGAGUUCGACCCCGAUGUGUUCUUCAACGACAUCGCCCUGCUGCUGCUGGAGGAACCCGUUCAGCUGGCUCCACAUAUUCAGCCACUCUGCCUCCCGCCUCCUCAGACGCCGCAGCUGAUUAGCCAGCUGCUAUCCUCCAACUGCUUCGCCACGGGAUGGGGCUCCAAGGAUGCCAAGAGUGACAAGCUGGAGCAGGUACUCAAGCGGAUUAAUCUGCCGCUUGUGGAGCAUAGCGAGUGCCAGGCGAAGCUGCGCCUCACGAGGCUGGAGAGCCGAUUCCGGCUCCGCCCUAGCUUUAUCUGUGCCGGCGGCGAUCCUGGCAAGGACACAUGCAAGGGAGACGGCGGCUCCCCGCUCUUCUGCACGAUGCCAGGCGAGAGGGACCGCUACCAGUUGGUGGGCAUCGUCUCCUGGGGCGUGGAGUGUGCCGAAGAUGACAUUCCGGCCGUGUACGCCAAUGUGCCCUACCUGCGUGGCUGGCUCGAUGAAAAGAUCAAGGGACUCGGCAUAACGUUGUAAUUUCUGAGGAGCUUUAAUAAACAAAAAAACGUUUUUCUAAGCGUAA